AUGAAAUAUAAACAAUUAUAUCCAAAAUCAGUUCGACAAUUAUCAACAAAUAAGAUAUCAAAUUGUAUCAAUAAACAACGUGUACGUUGUUCAUUAUGUGAUUCAUUACUUAAAACUUCAACAAGUCAUCGAUAUUUAUUAACGGGUAAAUCAAUUCAUGAUAAUUUAGAUAAAAAUAUAACUUAUAAUGAAUGUUGUCAACGAUAUUUAAAUGGUGCAUAUGAAUCGGAUAAAUUACAAAUGAUUUGUCCAAAAUGUUGUCAAGAUUUACAACGAGUUUAUUUAUUACAUAAAGAUGCUGAAGAAUUAACAAAAAAAAUUCGUCAUACUUGGUAUAAAACAAAACGUUUAAAUCGAGCUCGUUAUUCACAUUCAACUCUUUCAACAACUAAUGAAAAUAUUUCAUCUUCUCCACUUCCAACAAUUGCUACUGAUGAUAAUAUUACAAUAACAAUUAAAGAAGAACUUGAUAUUGAACAGGUACCAACAGACAUAAAAAUACCAAUUGAACAAUCACCAAUUUCUGUAUCUGAAACAGUUCUUGCAAAUACUUCUUAUGAUCUGCCAAAUUCACAACAUAUCCAUAAUAAAAAACAUAUAUUAAAAGUAUCUCAUCAAACAAAUGAUAUUAAUCAAGAAAUAACAAAUGCCUCUAGAAAUAAACCUCGUACUAAAAAACAAUUAGCAUCACUAUCAAGAACAGAAAAUAUCAAUUCAUAUCCAUUAAGAAAAUCUCAUCUUAUGGAAAUUCAUCCAUCAUUUUUACCUAAUCAAACAUCUCAUUCAAUAAUUCCAGCUACACAUGAAUAUUAUCAAAAUGCUUUCUAUAACUCAACAAUCAAAAAUCAAACUUCAUCAUCUUAUAGUCCACUUAUAAUUGAACCAUCAUCAUUAUCAUCAUCUCCAACUCAUCAUCAUCAUCUUCAUCAUUUUCAUCAACAAGAAUCAGAAAUACGACGACGUAGUAGUUCAACUAGUGAACAACCACCAUUAACAAUAAAUUAUCAAGCAUCUAUAGAUGGUGAUCAAUCUUUGUCACCACAAAUAAAUGAUGAUGAAGCUUCAUCAGCAAAUGGAUUGAAAAAUACUCGUUUAAGUCGUCGUCAAUAUAAUUUUCUAGUUCAAUUACCUGAUCAACAAUCAUUGAAUGCUUUUAUUGAAACAUCUUCAGCCGAAUCUGGUUCACGUUGGACAUGGCGUCGAACAUCAGCAAAUUCACGUGGUUAUAAAGUAUAUUAUGUAUGUAAUUUUUCUAUGCGUCGUCAUUAUCAUCCAUGUCCAGCAGCAAUGUAUGCACUUUUUCAUCCCGAAGGAAGUAUAUCAAUUUAUUCAUGUGGACAACAUCAACAUAUACCUAAAGAUCGUAUUCCAGUUAGCAUAACAGAUGCAACUAAAGAUGAAAUAUUUAAAUGUUUACAAACGGGUAUGGCAACAUCAGACAUUCGAGAACAUUUAACACGUCUACAAUUACCAUUUGGUGAUGCAAGAAAAUUAAAUAAUUUUAUUAAAUAUCAUAAAGAAUUAUUACGUUUUGGUACAGUAACUAAUGUUCGAGUAGGUGGAACAGCUUAUCGUCAACCACAAUGUUGGGCUAUUCGACGACAAGCACAAACCUUACCAUCGACAACGACAGCCGAUAAUGAUAAUAUAACAAAUUAA